CGGGAGCAGGUUGAGCGCUUGUAAACAAUAACAGAGCGACUUGGUUCGGCAGAGCAGGCUGCAGGGGACCGAGGUGUAUGCGAGGAUAGUUUCUCAACGGCACCGGAUGCUUUUGACUUGACGCAUCUAUUUGGUUUAGUCAACUGCACAAUUGAAAGGGAUGGCAUGUCUUAUGGCUGCCUUUUCAGUAAACAAUACUACGGUGACCAACUCCAUCAUCAUGAACACCAAUGGGCCUCCUGACCUGAUGCUGGACUCCAGAACUGUGUGUGUGUCCAUUGAUGACAUGGUGUCCAACCACGUGGGGAGCCAGCAGACGCCUCUGUUGCACGGGCACCUCAAGAAGGUGGAGAAUAAUCUGACAGAAGCCCAGAGAUUCUCCUACCUUCCACGCAGGCCAGCGGUCAACAUCCAGUUCAAAGACCUCUCCUACUCGGUGCCCGAAGGGCCGUGGUGGAGAAAGAAAGGUUACAAGACCCUGCUGAAAGGGAUCUCUGGGAGCUUCACCAGCGGAGACCUGGUGGCCAUCAUGGGCCCCUCAGGAGCCGGCAAGUCUACCCUGAUGAACAUCCUGGCAGGAUACAGGGAGACGGGGAUGAAAGGAGAGAUUCUGAUCAACGGACAGCCGCGCGAUCUGCGCUCCUUCCGGAAAGUCUCUUGCUACAUUAUGCAGGAUGACAUGCUUCUUCCUCAUCUCACUGUGCAGGAGGCCAUGAUGGUGUCUGCUAAUCUUAAACUCCAGGAAAAGGAGGAGGGGAGGAGAGAGAUGGUGAGGGAGAUCCUCACGGCUCUGGGCCUUCUUGAGUGUGCCAAAACGCGGACGUCCAACCUCUCAGGGGGACAGAGGAAGCGUCUGGCCAUCGCCCUGGAGCUGGUCAACAACCCGCCCGUCAUGUUCUUUGAUGAGCCCACCAGUGGUCUGGACAGCUCCUCGUGCUUCCAGGUGCUGUCGUUGAUGAAGGCUCUGGCCCAGGGCGGCCGCACCGUCAUCUGCACCAUCCACCAGCCCAGUGCCAAGCUGUUCGAGCUCUUCGACAAGCUGUACGUGCUGAGCCAGGGCCAGUGCAUAUACAGGGGCCGAGUGUCCAGCCUGGUGCCCUACCUCAGAGACCUGGGCCUCAACUGCCCCACCUACCACAACCCAGCCGACUUUGUGAUGGAGGUGGCGUCGGGCGAGUACGGGGACCAGACGGCGCGCCUGGUGAAGGCCGUGCAGGAGAGGAAGUGUGAGAAGGACUACAAGAGCGAGAUGAACGGCAACGGCAACGGCACCGGCCCGCUCAACCCCUUCCUGUGGCACAGAGUCUCAGACGAGGACUCUUCCUCCUCUGAGGGCUGCCACAGUUUCUCAGCCAGCUGCAUGACGCAGUUCUGCAUCCUCUUCAAGAGAACCUUCAUCAGCAUCCUGCGCGAUUCGGUGUUGACGCACCUGAGAAUCACGUCUCACAUCGGCAUCGGCAUCCUGAUCGGGCUGCUCUACCUGGGGAUCGGCAACGAGGCCAAGAAGGUGCUGAGCAACUCGGGCUUCCUCUUCUUCUCCAUGCUGUUCCUGAUGUUCGCCGCUCUCAUGCCCACCGUGCUCACCUUUCCUUUGGAGAUGGGUGUAUUUCUGCGGGAGCACUUAAACUACUGGUACAGCCUGAAGGCCUACUACCUGGCCAAGACCAUGGCGGAUGUUCCUUUUCAGGUGGUGUUCCCGGUGGCGUACUGCUCCAUAGUCUACUGGAUGACCGCUCAACCCUCGGAGGCGGUGCGCUUCAUCCUCUUCCUGGCUCUGGGCACGCUGACCUCCCUGGUGGCCCAGUCCCUGGGCCUGCUGAUCGGCGCCGCGUCCACCUCUCUACAGGUGGCAACAUUUGUUGGUCCGGUGACAGCCAUUCCAGUGUUGCUGUUUUCUGGCUUCUUCGUCAGUUUUGAUACGAUACCAACAUACCUCCAAUGGAUGUCAUACAUUUCAUAUGUCAGGUACGGCUUUGAGGGGGUCAUCUUGUCCAUCUACGGCCUCGACCGGGAGGACCUCCACUGCGAAAAAGACGAGAUCUGUCACUUUCAGAAAUCCGAGGCCAUUUUGAAGGAGCUGGACGUGGAGGAUGCCAAGCUGUACCUGGACUUCAUCGUGCUGGGCAUCUUCUUCAUCACGCUCCGCCUCUCUGCGUACUUCGUCCUGCGCUACAAGAUCAACGCUGAGAGAUAGAGAGGGCGGGAGGCGUAGAGUGGACCGUAUAGGGACACACAUAUGGACAACAAGAGGAUGCGUGUGAUAGAGAGGGCAGGAGCAGGAGGCGUAGUGGCGUAGUGGACCAUAUAGGGACACACAUACAGUACGGACAACAAGAGGAUGCGUGUGAUAGAGAGAGCAGGAAGCGUAGAGUGGACCAUAUAGGGACACACACACGGACAACAAGAGGAUGCGUGUGAUAUAGGGAAGACAAAAAAAAACAAACACUCAAGGAGGCUAUCCUUCCCUUAACAUAGCAUGACCUCAAACCUACACACACACACACACACAGACACAAACACACACACAUUCUGCAUAUAUAUGAGCCUGGCGUUGGAGCACCAAUGCACAGGGAGUCCAGGGGGUGUCCUUGUGCAUGCUGUGUGCUUUUGGGGCGCAGGGCCGUGUGGCGCACAUCUCAUAUUGACCGGUCCAGCUGGGCACGGCGGUCCGGUCUUGGCAGAGCCUUCGCAGAGUCUGUGAUGAAUGUGACGUAGUAGACUUGCAUUGUGUCCUCUGCUACGCCGUGUGGUCGAUUGUGAGUCGGAGGACUUAAAUGCACUUUUCACCAAACUCCCCCUCUCCCUCCCCAAACAAAAACGGGAGCUCCCUCAAUGUGUGUGGUUUGUGCAGAAGUAUAGGAUUUUGUCUUUUUGUCUUGGAUGCUAGGUAAGGCAGUAGUGUUUACCUCUGUCUCUUGUGGAUGGAUACCACAAGGGGCGACGGGGCAGGACCACAAUAAGGGGAGAGCUGGACUCUUCUCGGUCAGAUAAACCUUUAGGCAAAAUCUAUAGGUAGUAACAACUGUCAGAUCACACACUGGUCAUGAUGGCACUAUAGACUCGUCUGGAAACCAAAUCAGCAACGGACAAUCAAAAUAAAAUCUGCCUGAGUGUAUGGAUACAUGGCAUGGUCUUUUUUAUAGUUUGGUUCAUAGCACAAAGCUUUAAAAGUCCUAAAAGGCUUCAGGGCCGGAUAACCAGUGAUCCAGAGUAGUGAAUGUAUAAACAAUUAUCUCUGUUGAUUUUCUGCACCCUGAGGAUAAAGCUCACUUCUUCAAUCAGUCUUUCUAAGGAACAAAACUUAUCUAGGAAUGCAAUUUGUAUGCAUUGUUUCGUAAUAGGUUAUGCACUGCAUAUCAGUCACUGAGAUGUCACACACAUGUCUUGAAUAAAGACGUUUUGAGCGAUUUGUCCCAAGUGGGAGGCUGCAAAAUCACUCAUCACACGGGUCCAAGUGAAUUCCCCUCUUUAUUUCAGUUGCUUUCUUGGUGAAAUUAUGUGGCAGCUUGUCCAUAUUCAUGUUUUUGUUUUUUGUUUACUUCAGUUAAAGGAAAAUGACCGCUGGCCAGACUGGUAAACCUCAAGAGUAUUUGGAAAUACCAAUUUUGGGAAGAAAGACUAAACUAAAAAUAAACCACCAAUCAAUAAGUCAUCACAAAAAGAGCAUUACUGAACUAAAAAUUGUAAACCAAUUGUGUGUCACAUACUGUUUGGUCAAACAAAGCUUGCUUAUUUCUACAGUGGUUUACAACUGUGGUCAGGAAAUAUUUUCUUUUUAUAUGUCUUUUUUAUUUCACUGUUCCACACUGCCUUUUAUCCCCUGUGAUAAGCGUCUACAAAUCACAACAGAAAGACUGAGCCCAUGAAUUUUUACAUAUUUAAGCUUCAAUUAAGUUUAGUUCAUCCCAACAAUGUCCCUUCCGUUGAUAUAGUGUUUAUGUUGUGCUAUGUUUGAAUCCACAAUCAAACGACUGACGUCAUGCAAGCAGGGAAUAUCAGGGUGUAGUGUGUACUUAACAAAGUUUAACUGAUUCACUCGUCAUCCUCUUAAGGGAAAAUACACUGCUGAUUUGUCAUUUGAUUUUUCUUUAUCUUUUCGUUGCAUAAUUAAGAAGUGGCCUCUGUCAUCUUCUGUGACUUGACAGGCCAGUGGCUUUCGAAUAUAAUUAGUUGUCUGCAUAAUCCUCUCCAAGGACGAAAUGGAAUUCCAUGUAAACAUAAGAUAUACACCAUUAAGCAAGCAUCAAUGCAAACGUCUAGAGUGUGCUUCUGCUAAAUAUGACGAUGAUCUUUUUUUUAAUUAUUUGUGUGUGAUAUGUUACGAUUUUACCUAGACUAUCUCCAGCUGUACAAUCUGUUUAGGUCCCCAGAAUUUUACUGUGAAAAUAUUGCAAUGUUAUCAAAGCUGUAACUGCAGUGUUAUGAUGCUGUUAUGAGUACUCCUUUCUAUAUCCUUUACUGUGGACCUGUUCAAAUCAAGAGUUAAUGCCAUGUACAGUACUUUUAUGUAUAAAGCACCCCUGGGUAUGGGAUCAACCAGAACUCACAACGGAGUAUCUUAGGAUAUGGGGCAUUAUUUUUGUAUUUGGCUUCCCUUCCAUAGUUCCCCUUGUUUAAAAUGGCUCAGUGAAAAAAAGAAAAGAAAAAAGAGAAAAAAAGGAGAAGAUAAAAGCAUUUUCUCCCACUUGAGCACUGUCUAGGAUGCUGUAUUUUAUUAUUAUUUUGUUUUCAGGUGUUCAAAUAUGGGAUUCAUAUAGAUUCUGGACAUUUUAUGUAAGCUAAAACUGUGAUGUUAUUUCUUGGUAGAUGAAUUAAUAAAUACAUGAUAUUUUCCAAA